AUCGAUAAUUAUCGAUAGGUUUCCCAUCCCUACUCUGGAGUGCGGUGAAAGCGUGAAAUUAUUUACGGGUGUUGUGAAGGCUUCGUUUUAAACAUGGAAAAAACAGCAAAAACUGCUUUAAAUAGAAAGCAGAUAAAAUCAAUUCGUAAUGUACUGGUUCAGCCAUUUAAAAACAAAUGGCCGCUACUACCCGAAACAGAAGCUGCAAAUUUCAAUAUGUUGUUUAAACAAAUACCUCAGAACUUAUUAGUCAAUGGAAUCAACGAGUCUGUUCAAUUGAUAAAUGAAGGCGAAGCAUGUUUGCUCUUACUCAAUUCCGGUUUUCAUCCGCAAAUUCUGGGUAAGCAAAUUAUUCGUAUGGCUCUGCGUAUUAUACCGGAUAUUAAAAUCUUGGUAGUCGAAAAACUCGCAGUGCAAGGAUCGCCUCAAAAAAUAAUUGCCAUUCGUAAGAACAGCCGUGAUCAAGUUGAACCAUCAUACCAAUUACUCAAGCUGAUAACAGAAAUUUAUAAAUCCAAUAAUUACGAAAACGUUGAUAAUCGAGCUUCUGUUAAUGACGAAAAACAAAAAUUGAAAAAGAUGAAUGCGGACGAACAAAUAACUCCAGAAGUUAUCACCAAACAGUAUCUUACGCGACGUGACACGAAAAAACGUGAGUUUGUUCCACCUGUCUCAGUUUUCGCAUCCAGAAACACAGACCUCACCGAGAAAGAUGAAUGGGAUGAAUACGUUUCUUUUACUCAACAAAAAUAUGUCCAGUCGGAUAAAAUUAAAAUACAGAAAAAAAAUCCAUUUCAUCACACAGCUAAAACUAAGAAAUCAAGACGAAACGAAGUAACAUACGUUCCCUUAUCUGUAAAUCGUAUCCAGGGUAAUCCAGAAAGAAAACGUAAAAAAAAGUAAAAAAAUUUUUUUUUUUUUUGUACACAGACGUUAAGUACAUGUAUCAAAAUUCAAA